UUAUUGCAUUGCUCAGGAAAAAUGCUAGUCCAGGUGAAGUACAAACAACAGCAGAAGUAUGUGAAGUUGGACGAGGUUGAUGGACGGUUUGACUUUCUUCAGUUCCACGAAAAAGUCAUCGAAAGAUUUUGCCUACCACCUGAUGCAGAAGUUACAUACAAAGAUGCCACUGGUACAGAAGUUGAUGGAGAAAUAUUCAGCGACCUCGUUGGACAAGGAAAUGUGGUGCUGACAGUUUUCUCAAAUGACGAAUUUUCUGAUUGGUCCUUGUCGUCGUCUUCUUCUGAGACAUCUGACUCAAGCUCCAGCUCAUCAACUAUAAUCAUAGAUGAGGUCCCUGGCAAGAAACAAAGACUUGAUGAUACAUGUGAUGCAGAGUCUGCCAAACAGUUGAUUGAAACUGUGCUACGAAGCAAGUCCGGUGGUGAAGCAGUACUACAAGAGUACCAAACUACAAAAACCCUCACUGAUGCCACAAGAAGACAAAUGGUCAACAUACUCGUGGGUCACAUGGUUGAUAAGCAUGGGUAUAUGAGAGAGACCUUUCAGCACCGGCAGAAGCUUGUUAAUGAUCCAGGCAGGAGUGAUGAUAUCCUCUCAACAUUCCCAAGAUUCCUGGAUACAAAAGGAUUGGUGGAACAAGACUUCACUCUCCUAUUUGGUGACGAGACAUCCUCCAGGCUGCUUCAGAAAUGGGAUGUGUUCUUCAAGCCAAAUAUCAUACAAGAAGCUAAACAGCUCACUUCAACUCCGGAGUUGCGUCGCUUGAUACAAUCGGCGGAAAGUUCCUCAGGAAGUGAUGAAGAAACAACCUAUGACCAAGAAAUGGCCUCCCUGUUGUUGCUGAUACAUCUCCUUCCACCACCACCUGGAGGACCAAAGUCGCCAAAAAUUAGUGCAUGUGAUGCAGUUGAGAGACUUGUUGUCUUUCACAAGUCAUGCUGCAGUUUGGAGGAGCAUCUCCGCAACCAGCAGGGUCGGCAGCCAUACCUCCUUGCCGUUGGUCGUCAGAAGAACAAGAUUGACAGCUUCUAUAUCGCCAUGGAUAAGCAUCUCAUCCCAUGCCAGGCAAACCGUUCCCUUGGGGCAUUUGAUGAACUUUUUAAAGUGCAUUUUGUGUUUAACUUGUCUUAUGAUGGAGCACUGGUGAACUUCUACACAUUUCUGCAGACAACAGUAUACAACAUUGAUGUGGGAAAAAUGAAGGAGUCACCCAGAGUUCGAGACUUGAGAGCCCGACUGCUUAACCAGCCCGUACCGCUCACAUUCUGUGAGUAAAAGGCUAAAACAA